AUGUCUACUCCCGUUCCCACGGGCUCCAUUGCGGGGGGUCCGAUUGCACCGUUCAUUGCGGCGCCUGAAGCUGUGCCGCCGUAUAAUAGUGAUCACCAGAAUCAGAGUCGGAAUGUGAAGCCUCGUCAGCAGCAGGAGCACAAAAUUCAGCCUCUUGAUCAGGCGACGAUGGAUGUUGCGUUCAAGGAUGAUGAUCAGUUGACGUAUAAUCGGUCGGGUACUGGGAGGUUGGAUCAGUUGCAUAUUCAGGACUUUGAGAUGUCUCGUUUGCGUUCGCUGUGGACCCGUGCUGGGGACAACCUUCCGAAUUGGCAGGGCACCGCGUAUGGUGGGAAGAUCCGCAUCACCAGAGCCAGUAUCAUCCAGCCGCAUGGGGUGUUUGAACUCGCGAAGACGCUGUUCGUCUCGUUGCUCCCUUGGAUCCAGUACGUUCAGCAAACCACCAGGAAUGUCAUUAUGACCUUCCUCAGCACUCCCCUUAUGUGGCUCACCGACCCUGUUCAAGUUUUCAUGAUGCUCGUCGGUUAUCCUUUUGUAGCAACGGCCUUGCUCUGGUAUGAGUUUGCCUUGAAGAUGUUUUAUUUCCUCGGAGGAAAGCGGUUGUUCCAGCAUCUGUCAGACACCUAUGGUGCCGGUCUUUCUGUCGUCAAUUGGUCUGAGCCGGACAUGUUCACCAUGAAGUAUCAGGAUGUUGUCGUACGUGCCAAAGACAAUCUGUCUAAACUAAACUCCCGCCCGGCAAUCAAACAGAUGUUGAAGGCACACGACGGCUUUCAUCCGGAGUUUCCCGUCUUCGAUGUUGACAUUGCCAGAUUCUUGUUAUUAGUUUCAUCCAUCAUGUAUGAGAGGGAUGACAAAAAAGUCCAUGAAGCCUCGAGGGAGUACAAGCGGUUCCGCCGUCAUUUUCCCACGCUUGACCCGGUGCCUCACCUCGGCGUGGAUCAUCCGGCUGCUACAAUGCUGACGCCGGACAUGGGUGAACAACCCAUCCAUCACGAUCUUCAAACUCAUAUUGAAGGCUUGUUUGAGGCCUCCGUCAGGCGUCUUCAGAGGCAGGCUGAGCUUUGGUCCACACCGGGUGCUCCGAUUGGAUUUGCCACGGUCAGUGAACUCAACACGACUGGUAGCCCGUUCGCUGCGCUUUGGUGGCGGGAGGGCGAUCACCCGUUCAUUGUUGUUUCGUUCAAGGGUACCAGUCCGGGAGACUUUUCCGAAUGGAUCACCGAUGCCACCUUCCAGAAGACGCGUGCAGGUGCUUACCUGUUUGGAGACGUUCACACGGGCUUCUAUGACUCGCUGUUCCCUGACUCUUCCGGUCAGAGCACUCGUGCCUACAAUGGGCGUCUUGGUCUUGCCAACUCGCCUUAUGGAUCCAUCGUCAGUGCUGUUCGCCGCAAAGCCCAGCAGCUCGCUCGGGGCAUCCCUGUCAGCCCAAGGACUACUGGUCACGUUCAGCGUCAUGUACCCGUCUGGGUGACUGGACACUCUCUUGGUGCUGCAAUCGCUUCUUUGUUUUAUGCCCGCGUGAUGAAGUCCAUUGACGCUGGACACAAUGAUUUGGGUUCUGAUGUUUUCCUUAGGGAUGCUUACGUCUAUGGUUGUCCGGCUGUCGGCGACUCUGACUUUGCCGAGUGGUUUGCUUCCAUCUCUAGCACACCUUUUGACAAUCCCCGUACUCUUUGGCGUAUCAUCGACGACUCCGAUCUCGUAACACGGGUGCCCUUCUCGCCGCAGACUUUCGUGUCGGGAGGAUGGGGUUCUGCCAUCUCUUUGGUCAGCGCUCCUCUGGUGAAACGUGAUUCUUUGGCCGACUACUCUGUCAUCGGUCCCGGUAUUCGCGUGUUCCAGGAUGCCCACAAGGCACCUCUGGGUUGGAACCCAGUUGGGCAUCCUUCCGAUGAUGUCGACGCCGUCACGCUCCAUUCAACCAUUCCCCGCGAAGCCCAUGCCAUCCGCUCAAGGAUUUUCAGUACUCCGCAAGACCUUAGUCGCCAAUAUGUUGGCUGGGUCCGCCGUGUCAUGCAGGCUAACCCAGCUCAACUCUUGGUUCUGCUCACGCCGAAACAGCUCAGGGAUCACUUCACGACCGAGUACUGGCGUGCUUUGGAGAGGUCGGCUCAUUUCUUUAGUGAGCAUGAUUCGGAGAAGGAGAAGAUCCGUCAGCAGCAAUAUCGUCGCAUCCUCGAAAAGACUCAGUAG